AUGAAUAGUUUGGGUUUCAAAUACUGGGGAAGAACGCCCCACCAACCCCACCCCCUGGCGAUAUGUGUGGCAUUGGUGAUAAUGAGGUGGGGUAGUGGUGUGGUGGAAUUAGGCCGUGUUGGAUUAGAUUGGUUCGACGAUGAGCUAGCGGAUGAGGGGCAUUACUAUCUGGAGCUAGAGAAUGGAGUGAAGCGAGGGGGCAAUGUUAAACUAAGUUUUGAGGAGGAGCCUGAGAUUCUUGACAUUGAGGAUGCUGUGAGAGUUCUCUUGCAGGGUUUGGGUGAAGAUAUCGAACAAGAAGGUCUGCGAAAGACCCCUCUUCGUGUAGCCAGGGCUCUUCGUGAAGGAACUAGAGGUUAUAAACAGACAGUGAAGGACAUUGUCUGUGGCGCUUUAUUCCCGGAAGCUGGAUUAGAAAGUGGAGUUGGACAUGCCGGUGGUGCUGGUGGGCUUGUAAUUGUUCGAGAUCUUGAUCUCUUCUCCUAUUGUGAGUCAUGCUUGUUCCCUUUCCAGAUUAAAUGUCAUGUGGGUUAUGUCCCAUAUGGCCAGCAGGUUGUAGGCCUAAGCAAGCUCUCUCGAGUAGCCGAUAUUUUUGCAAAACGACUUCAAGAUCCACAGCGCUUGGCCAAUGAGUUGUGUACAGCUUUGCAGCAUGGUAUCAAAGCGACAGGCGUUGCUGUCGUUCUCCAAUGUUCUCACAUUCCUUUGCCAAAUUUUGAAACAGCUAUCUUGGACCCAAAUCACGGAGGAUGGGUGAAGAUUUUAGUUACAUCAGGGACAGGAGUUUUUGAAGAUGAGAAGUCAGAUACUUGGACUGAUUUUUUGAGUCUUCUGAGAUUCAGAGAUAGAAAUGUAGAGGAUAUCUGUUCUGGAGGCUCGAGCAACAAAUCUUGGUGCCCGUCUCACGCUUUCUGCAAGACGGAACCAGCAAAUUCGGUGAUGCUUAAUGCAGUAGCUUCAAUUCUUUGUUCUUUGGGUGAAGAUCCAUUAAGGAAGGAGCUCGUUGAAACUCCUGCUCGUUUUGUGAACUGGUUAAUGAAGUUUAGGAAUACUAAUCUGGAUAUGAAGCUGAAUGGGUUUGUCCGAAACAGCAGAGAUUCUCUAACUUCCAAUGGAGGAGUAGACCAUACAGAAGAUUGUUUCUGUUCAGAACUGAACUUGACAUUGUGGUCACAAUGUGAACACCAUUUACUUCCCUUCCAUGGUGUAGUGCAUAUAGGUUAUUACUGUUCCAAUGGGGCGAGUCCUGUGGGGAGAUCUCUUUUACAGUCAAUAGUACAUUUUUAUGGAUUCAAGCUCCAAGUACAGGAAAGGCUGACCAGGCAAAUAGCAGAGACGAUUUCAUCCAUUUUAGGUGAAGAUGUAAUGGUAGUUGUGGAAGCUAAUCACAUGUGUAUGAUCGCUCGAGGGAUCGAGAAAUUUGGCAGCAAUACUGCUACAAUUGGUGUCUUAGGUCGAUUUUCCACUGACCCUACAGCUAGGGCGAAAUUUUUGCAGAUCAUUCCCAGCUCUUGCCCUGCUCGAGGUUGA